UUCCUUCUCUCACGUAGUUGACGAUGAAGAUUGUGACGUGCCUUGUGCUCCUCGCCAUUGUGGCUGUGGUGCGGGCUGACUUUUACAUGCACAACCCGCGUGGCUCCAACAACCGCCUCUCUGAGGACAACAACAACCGCAACAACGCGAACCGUCUCUUCGACUCGCAGAACAACAACCGUGGUGGCUACAACGUUGGCGACAGCAACACUGCCAAGAACGGCAACGGCCGUGGCGAUGGCACCGGCAUCCUCACGUACUACAAGACGUCGAUCCUUCGCGUCGAGUGGACCAACCAGCAUGGUGGUGAGAACCCCAACGUGAACACUCAGGUUGUGUUCCAGUACAUGUGCGACGACCAGUCUGCGACGUACGUCGACAGCAACUCUGUCACGCAGGAGCUGUGGAACACGGACCUUCUCCGCGAUGGUGACGGCUCGAUCGGCAACGCUGCCAACCAGCGCGUGCAGGAUGACACGCAGACCCAGCGUGGUCGCCACGAGCCGAUUGCUUUCUACCAGCACUGCUCGACCCGGAACCGCAACCGCGGGCUCUUCAUUGCGACGGAGAACAUCGCCGACAACGCUUCGGCGCGGCGUACCCGCCAGGACAACGCCGGCACGCAGUACGGCUCGGAGUGCCCCGAGGAGCGCGACUACUACCCGUACUGGCACCCGACGCCGUGGAAGGACAUCAUUGUGCUGACCUCGAACAUGACGCAGUGCGAGCUGUACCAGACCGAGUCGCAGAACGUGAUGGCCAAGGGCUUCUGCGUCGACCAGCAGCACAACAACCGUGAUGACUGCAUCGACGACGGUUCGCAGUGGUACGAGGUUGCGCCGUGGGGCAUCCCCGCUCCGCGUUGCGAGCCGCUCGCCUUCUCGCGCGACAACCACCUCGGUAACUCGAUCGGCGGCGAGCCGCUCCACUUCAACUGGACCAUCCCGUCGGAGGUCACUAACGACGCCAAGUGCGUUCUCCGCGGCCGCUACAACAUCUCGACCGACGACUACGACGGCUGGAACCAGUUCUACGAGGAGGACGAGGACGGCGACGUCAUCUCGCCGAUCACGGACGACCCGAACGUCAACCUGCUCAAGGGCACCGGCCGCGCCGCGGGCGUCCAGCUCAACGUCGACGUCUCGCAGUUUGGCCGUACCUUCCAGGACCGCUCGCACACGUUCAUCAUCAAGGACCGCCCUGCGGACAUCCCGGCCGAGGCCAAGAUCUACAACCUCAACGUGCGCGGCCGCCGCGGCAACAUCGUUCAGGUCUACCCGGCCGUUGAGUACGACUUUAUCCCGCGCGAGCUCGUCGUCACGCCGACUGACUACGUCCACAUUGCCUGGACUGGUUCGCUCUCGUCGCCCGAUGGUGCUGGUCAGGGUGCCGCCAACUCGGACAAGAACAACCUUGUGUGCACGGCCUCGGCCGGCCACUCGGUCCCGCUCACCUUUGCCGACGAGGCCUGCAACCUCUUCACCACCUUUGCCCAGCACGAGAACUUCGCCACCGCCGGCGUCGGCGGUGCUACCAUCGAUGAGCUCCUCAACAAUGCGCCUGCCACCUAUGACGGUGGCCUCAUCCAGCCGGGUGGUGGCCAGGUCGGCGACUACUACUUCCUCAACACCCGCAACAACCACUUCUCGAACCGCUCCCAGCGUGGUUCGAUCAAGGUUGUGGCCUCCGUCUAAGUAGAUGUCGUGCGCCAUGUUUUGCGAGUUUAAAGGCAAUCGUUUUUCA